UCUCAUAUAAAUACUCUGGUUUAUGAGUCAGUGUUCGUCAGAAAAAAAAAGAACCCAAUGAUUCCCAUAUGCCCAGUGGUGUCUUUCACUUAUGUGCCCAGCCGGCUUGGUGAAGAUGCCAAAAUGGCUACCGGCAACUAUUUUGGUUUUACCCACGGUGCUGCGGCGCAGUACAGCCAGCAGCCUGCGGCCGGGGUAGCCUACACCCACCCCACCACGGUGGCCAGCUACACGGUGCACCAGGCUCCAGUGGCAGCGCACACCGUGGCUGCGGCCUACGCCCCCACCGUUCCCACGGUCGCUGUCGCCAGGCCGGCGCCUGUCGCCGUGGCAGCCGCCGCCACGGCAGCAGCGUACGGGGGCUACCAGCCGGCCCACACGGCCGCCGACUACGGCUACGCCCAGCGCCAGCAGGAGGUCCCUCCUCCACCCCCCCCGGUCACCUCCCAGAACUACCAGGUUACUUGUAAUGGUCCCGUUUUCACUGGCAGAGACUUGCCAAUAUUCCAGGACUCUUACCCCUAUGUGAGGUCGACGGCGCCGGCCGUGGCGUACGACAGUAAGCAGUACUACCAGCAGCCCUCGGCCUCGGCUGCUGUGGCUGCUGCUCAGCCCUCUGUGGCUGAGUCCUACUACCAGACCGGCACGCUGGCCUCGCCGUGGGACUCCACCUGGAAGAAAAGUCUCCAAGCCCCCAAGCCAGGCUACACCCAGGGAGUAACCCCCUACACACAGACCCAGCAGACCAGACAGGUCACAGCCAUCAAGCCAGCCACCCCCAGCCCCGCCACCUCCACCUUCUCCAUCUACCCCGUGUCCUCCACGGUCCAGCCUGCCGCUGCCUCCGCCGUGCCCUCAUACUCCCAGAGCCCCACCUACAGCACCAACGCCGUCACGUACUCCGGCACCUCCUACUCCGGCUACGAAGCAGCCGUAUACUCUGCUGCCUCCACCUACUACCAGCAGCAGCAGCAGCAACAGCAGCAGCAACAGCAGCAGCAGAAGCAAGCCGUGGCUGCUGUGGCGGCCACAGCGGCGUGGACAGGAAACACCUUCACCAAGAAGCCGCCGUUCCAGAACAAGCAGCUGAAGCCCAAACAGCCUCCCAAGCCUCCGCAGAUCCACUACUGCGACGUCUGCAAGAUCAGCUGCGCCGGCCCGCAGACGUAUAAGGAGCACCUGGAGGGCCAGAAGCACAAGAAAAAGGAGGCUGCCCUGAAGGUGUCCCAGAGCAGCAGCGGGGGGGCCGGGGGCGGGGGGGGCUCGGCCCGGGGGACCCAGAACCAGCUACGCUGUGAGCUCUGUGAUGUCUCCUGUACCGGCGCUGACGCCUACGCCGCCCACAUCCGGGGAGCCAAGCACCAGAAGGUGGUGAAGCUGCACACCAAGCUGGGGAAGCCCAUCCCCUCCACUGAGCCCAGUGUCAUCACCCAGACUGCAUCCUCCACCUCAGCUGCCCCCAGCAAGACCUCCAACACCACCUCCUCCUCCGCCCCCUCCUCCUCUGCCCCCUCCUCAGCAGUGUCUAACUCCCCUUACCUCAAGCCGGUAAACAUCGUCACCAGCGGCGGCUCGGCUGGGUUAGGCAAGAGCACGGCUGCAAACAGCGUCUUCUCCAGCAACACCACCCCAGCCGUCAAGAAGAUCAACACUCCCAAGAUCAACUUUGUGGGGGGGAACAAGCUGCAGACUACUGGGAAACCAGAGGAAGCCAAAGUGGAGUCGUCCAAGCCUGGGCCGCCCCCAUUGGUCCCUCAGGUCCAGGAGUCCAAGACGGAGACUUCUGAUUCGUUGUCCGCCCUAGCAGCGCUGCAAAGCGACGUCCAACCGGUUGGGCACGACUACGUGGAAGAGGUCCGCAACGAUGAGGGGAAGGUGAUCCGCUUCCACUGCAAGCUGUGUGAAUGUAGCUUCAAUGAUCCAAACGCCAAGGAGAUGCACUUGAAAGGGAGGAGGCAUCGCCUGCAGUAUAAGAAAAAGGUGAACCCUGAGCUGCAGGUGGAGGUGAAGCCCAGCAUCCGAGCCAGGAAGAUCCAGGAGGAGAAGAUGCGGAAACAGAUGCAGAAGGAGGAGUUCUGGAGGAGGAGGGAGGAGGAGGAGCGCUGGAGGAUGGAGAUGAGGCGCUACGAGGAGGACAUGUACUGGAGGCGGAUGGAGGAGGAGCACCACUGGGACGACCGACGCCGGCUCCCUGACGGAGGCUACCCCCAGGGCCCUCCGGGGCCCCCAGGCCUGCUGGGGGUCCGUCCAGGCAUGCCCCUCUCCCAGCCCCAGGGACCUGUGCCUCCCCGUCGCCCUGACUCCUCUGACGACCGUUACGUGAUGACGAAGCACGCUGCCAUCUACCCCUCGGAGGACGAACUGCAGGACAUCCAGAAGAUCGUGUCGAUCACAGAGCGAGCCCUCAAACUGGUGUCUGACAUCAUCACGGACCAGGACAAAGACAAAGAGGAGGACAAGGACAAGGACAAAGAGAAGGAAAAGGAGAAGGAGAAAGAAAAAAAAGAGUUCCCCAAAGACAGGGCGCUGAAGGGCGUGAUGAGGGUGGGGGUGCUGGCCAAGGGGCUGCUCCUCCGCGGAGACAAGAACGUCAGCCUAGUGCUGCUGUGCUCAGAGAAACCCACCAAGACUCUGCUGUCCUGCAUCGUGGAGCACCUGCCCAAGCAGCUCACGCUGGUGACGCCAGAGAAGUACGAAGUGAAGGGGUCUGUCGACGAGGCUGCCAUCAUCCUGACAUCCUGCGCCGAGUCCAAGAUGCAAGUGACCAUCACGCUGACUUCGCCCGUCAUCCGCGAGGAGAACGGCCGGGACGGAGAUGUAACCUCGGGUAUGGUGAAAGACCCAGCGGACGUCUUGGAAAGGCAAAAAUGCCUUGACGCUCUGGCUGCGCUGCGCCACGCUAAGUGGUUCCAGGCUAGAGCCAAUGGGCUGCAGUCCUGCGUGAUUAUAAUUCGUAUCCUGCGGGAUCUCUGCCAGAGGGUUCCCACCUGGUCGAUGUUCCCCAGCUGGGCCAUGGAGCUGCUGGUUGAGAAGGCCAUCAGCAGCGCCUCCGGACCCCUCAGCCCUGGAGAUGCACUCAGACGAGUCUUUGAAUGUAUUUCCUCCGGCAUCCUGCUUCCUGGUGGCCCAGGGUUGGUGGAUCCUUGUGAGAAGAAUCCCACAGACACCCUGACAGCCAUGGAGGAGCAGCAGAGGGAAGACAUCACCUCAAGUGCCCAGUUUGCUCUUAGGCUGUUGGCGUUCCGUCAGAUCCACAAGGUCCUGGGCAUGGACCCGCUGCCCCAGAUGAAUCCGCGCUUCAACGUCCGCAACAACCGCAAGCGGCGCCGCGACAACAGCGACGGCAACGACAGCUUCGAGGGCGAAGGGAAGAAGGACAAGAAGGACUACGACAGCUUCUAGGACCGGCCCAGCGCCUGCUCUGCCCCUCCCACCCCCCCCCCUCCAUAACUAGUCUAUAUAUAUACACAUACCUCUCUGUUGUCACUGCUAUUAACAGCUGGGCGCCUCUUGUUGUGACUGGAGUCCAGUGUUACAUCCAGCUUGGUCUUGUUGAGCGAUGAGUUCACCUGUCGACCUACAGCUGUACAGAACGCUGCAGAGCCCAGGUGUGUCUGUGGUGUGUGUGGCUUUAGCUGUAGACUGGGCCGGCCUGGGGAUUGGACCUACACCUCUGCUAGCUGAAGCCCUCUGAUCCUUUACGCUUCUCAAAUAGAAGUAACCUUGACAACUGCUACCCAAGUUCUGCAACCACUCCUUUUUGGAGUUUUUUAUUUUAUUAACAUUUUUUUGGUUACAAUUUUCAUUGGAUCAGGUAACAGAUUGAAUAUGAAUCCAGAUGUUAAGGUCUUUUUCUCGUUUCAUUCAGAGGGUUGGCCGUUAGUUUAUACCCGUAGUGAAGCACAUAAUUUGGUCUGUAAUAUUUUAUGUUCCCAAGAUGUCAUGUACGAAUAUGGUUUAUUUUUAAGUGUCUAAUGCAAGUGGUAUAAUGCUAUGGUCUUGUCAAAAAGCUGGACUGCAAUGUUAACGAGCUGCUGUGGAUAUGUAGUACAUUUCUGAAGAAAACACUGAUUCCUGAGAUAUUUGUGUUGGUAGUGUAGUUAUCCCUAAACGUAUCUCUAAUAUAUAUGAAAAUAUUCCUAUAGUCUUGCAAUAGAUCAGUCUUUCAGUUUGUUGAAGAACGCAUGGCAGUGGUGAGAUUUGUUCUUGUAUUAUUGGCUUUUUAACUUUUUUUGUUUUUGUUUUAAAAGAUUAAUGAGGAAAUUAAUGGAUUGGUCUUUGAAUUCGUUUAACGUUGGAUGGAUUAAUCAAAUAAUCUAUACAAUAAGAAAAGAUUGGGUUGGGGGAAAAAAGGUGUAAUGUUGAUGUUGUAAUCGCGGUUCAAUGUAGAUCCAUUCUUUGAUUGUCUGCCUCUGUAUCUCUGCUUUACAACAGGCAGAAUAAAGACAUUUCCUGAA